UUUACGUUCAGUUUAUGUUAAUAUAAAACAACAUAUGAAUGCGAAUAUAUAAAAGGAUCGCGUGCAGCGGGAAAUAUUUCUAACAUUUUGACGUCACAAAAAAUGAAGAAAAUUGAAUAAUAAUAAUAAAAAAGAGAACGUGGAACGAUUGUUGUGCAUUGUUACGUAUCGGAUACAUCAUAAAAGGAUUGUUUUGAUUUGAAUUAAAAGCAACCAUUCAAAACCGGAGUACCGAGAAGAACCUAAACUAGCAGACAGAGCACCAUGGAAAACUUGCCCGAUGGAGGAUAUAUUGUCCAUGUUGAGCCUGUUGCUUUCAUCCCUGUUGCUAUAAUAGCUGGAAUCGGAGUGGUGAUGACGUCAGUGUUCAUUGCUGUGAAUAUUAAAUACAGGGGGUACAAAUUGCUAAAAAUGACGAGUCCAAACUUAAAUCUGGUAAUGCUUUGCGGUGCAUUACUACUCUGCGUAUCUACAGUGCUCUUUGGCUCCACUGCGUGGUUACCAGAAUCUCCACAUCAAGAGCUUUUAGACAUUGUCUGGCAAAUCAACCAUGCGGGUAUUUGGACAGCGAGUGUUGGAUUCACGCUGUUCUUUGCUCCAUUGGCAACAAAGACAUGGAGGGUUCACAGGAUAUUCACUGAUGCUGCUGUGAAAGGAAGGGUAAUAAAAGAUGAUCGUCUACUUUGCAUUGUUGCUCUUUUCGUAAUAUUUGAUUUCGGAUAUUUGGCGCUUUGGUUCGGAAUUGAUCCACCUAAGUGUUACGUCAUCCCUACCUCACAAUUACCUGGGUUCUUUCCUGUUUCACCGGUUAAUGAUGUAUCUGAAGAAUUGCCUACGUCAUCAACAGUUAUGACGUCAUUGGAGCAUGGAUUUACUUGUGCCUCAAAAUACACCCCACUGUGGAUUAUAAUACUGAUGUCAUAUAAAGGUGCUCUUCUUUAUUAUAUCCUUUACGUUGCCUGGGCAACGCGUUACGUCACUUUGCCUUCAAUGAAAGACGCUGGUGGAUUGAUAAUUUCAGUUUUUGCCACACUAACGUCAUUCUGCAUAGCAACACCUCUCGUGACGUCAUUGCAAAGAUGGCCGAACCCUCAAUAUAUUGUCAUGUCAUCAGCUAUAUUCGUUCCUUUGUUCACGGUCAUGUUCUUACAUUUUGUACCAAAGUUGAUUCUAAUUCGUCGUCACAGCAAGGAUGAAGUUCUCACAAGAAGUUUCUCUCAAUAUACAACUCCUAAACAGCCUGAGUUCAGCGAAGACGAAAUAAGAGAUCUUGCAAUUCAGAACGCAUCAUUAAGAAAAGAAAUGGCAGAGGUAUAAUCUAAAAUUUAAUCA